AUGCAAAUCACCUCUAGCUGCACCGCCUUUCUUCUUGCCAUCGCUGGCGUCGAAGCUGCUGGCUAUAUUGCAUUCUAUAGCGACUCUGGAUGUAAUAACCAAGUCGGCUCGGUUCACUACUCUCUACACAACAAUGGUUGCUUCGCCAAUGGAGGCAGCUACAUGAAGGUUGUCUCCGGCGAGGACGACCCGACCCAGGGCCAUAAUUUCGUCCUCACUCAGAGCAAGGCUUCUGGAUGUACCGGUGGUGUUCAGCUUGCCAACACCUACGACGGACAGGCGGUCAACGUCUGCAGAAACCUCGGAGGCGAUGGCUACAUUACUGGCGGCAACGGUCAAGACCAUCCUUACUCCGUGCGCCUUACGGAAUAA